CCAACCCCCUAGCUGCCGGCCGCACUGCAGAAGGUCAGAGAGAGAAGAAGAGGAGAGAGGCAGAGACACAGAGCGGCAGAGGGAGAGACAGGGGUGGGGUGCUUGGAUGUACACGAACAUGCCAAGAGAAGAGUGCGUGGACGAGCGAUGACAGCCAUGCUGAGCCCAAAGAUCAGACAGACCAGGAGAGCCAGGUCCAAGAGCAUGGUGAUGGGCGAGGUGUCGCAGGGACCAUGCCGGUCUGCCUCCCCCAGCCUCCAGGAAGGGGCUCUGAAAGCUGGCUGGCUGAAGAAGCAGCGCAGCAUCAUGAAGAACUGGCAGCUGCGCUGGUUUGUGCUGCGCUCGGAUCAGCUCUUCUUCUACAAAGACGAGGAAGAAACCAAACCACAGGGCUGUAUACCUCUGCAGGGAUGCCAGGUCAACGAGCUCACAGCGAACCCGGACGAACCAGGAAGACACCUUUUUGAGAUUGUACCCGGUGGAACAGGAGAGAAGGACCGGGCCCCAAUCAGCCAUGAGUCUUUCCUGCUCAUGGCAAACUCCCAGACUGACAUGGAUGACUGGGUCAAGGCCAUACGGCGGGUCAUCUGGGCGCCGUUUGGAGGAGGGAUAUUUGGUCAGCGUUUGGAGGACACGGUGCAGUAUGAGAAGAAGUUUGGCCCACGGCUGGCCCCCCUGCUGGUGGAGCAGUGUGUGGACUUCAUCAGGGAGAGGGGUUUGGACGAGGAGGGUCUCUUUCGGAUGCCAGGACAGGCCAACCUGGUCAAAGAGCUGCAGGAGGCCUUUGACUGCGGCGACAAGCCUCUGUUUGACAGUAAUACAGAUGUCCACACAGUGGCAUCCUUGCUGAAGUUGUACCUGCGAGAGCUGCCUGAACCAGUCAUUCCCUUCUCCAAAUAUGAAGACUUUCUAACCUGUGCACAGCUUUUGGCCAAAGAUGAGGAGGAAGGAGUCCAGGAGCUGGGAAGACAAGUUAGCACUCUACCUCUACCUAACUACAAUCUCCUCACGUACAUAUGCAAAUUCCUUGAUGAGGUGCAGUCCCACUCCAUUGAGAACAAGAUGAGUGUCCAAAACCUAGCCACAGUAUUUGGACCAAAUAUCCUUCGACCCAAGAUGGAGGACCCAGUCACUAUCAUGGAAGGUACCUCUCUGGUCCAGCACCUGAUGACAAUCCUCAUUAGGGAACACAACCGAUUGUACUCAGGGAGGGACCAGGAGGGACUCACCGUUCCCCAAACAGAGCUCCCUGUCCAGGGACAUCAGCUCCAGCAUCGCAGCCUCGGAGCCUGGAUCUCAGAGGAAGACCUCCAGAGCUGUCCUGUGUCUAACCCAGACCAAGAACUGCACAGCAGUGCCUCGUCUUUGGAUGCCAAACUGUGUGCGGCCGUCACUCCCACCCAGACCCCUAACCUGAACCCUGGACCAAAACUGGGGUCCCCAUCAGGGAAAGGAGAGACAGUGGUCAGCCCGAGUAAACAAGCCAAGACCAUACCUUCCUGGAAAUACUCUUUCAAAAGCUCCUCGGCGCCUCGUUCCCAGCCGCAAGGCAAGCAAAGCAGCAGCGGCAGCUCUGUGGCUGAUGUCACUAGUGUAUCUUCUGGCGGGGGAGGAGGUGGAGGUGGAGGUGGAGGCAACUGGCUCAUGAACGGUUUGUCCUCCUUGAGGGGUCACCGGCGCACGUCGUCAGGCGAACGGUCUGCCCGCGACCGCGACUCCACCGGCUCCUCACAGAGACUGUCCACCUACGACAAUGUCACCUCUUCCUCGAGCAUGGGGAGCGUUCCAAGUGUCGCCAGCACACCUUGGUCCACCUCCUCCUGCGAAAUCUCUGCCCCCGACUCGGGAAGUGAGCCCUUGGCCAACCAGAACGGCGGAGUAGGGGGCGAAAGUGGGGAAAAAGGGGAGUGGGUGGAGAGCCAGAGGGAGAUUGACAGAGGAAGGGACGGAGGGAUAACGACAGACCCGAGCUCUGAGCAGGACAGUUGUGAGGCCAUGGAGCUGUGCAGUAGCAGUGCAGCCUGCAGUGAGAAUGGAAACAUGGCCACGGCUGCCGGGGUGCCGUCCAUUAUCAUGUCCGAGGAUGGAGACAGGGCAAAUCUAACACUGAGCAGUCUGGUGGAAGGACUGAAGGACGAGUUGAGGAAGCAGAAGACUGCAUAUGAGACCAGGAUUCUAAAACUGGAGGAGUCCAGUGCUGCUCUGUGUGCGCAAAUGGAGCGUUUGGAACAAGAGAUGGAGCAGGAGAGGAAGAAGCAACGCAUGCUGGAGAUCAAACUACGAAACUCAGAGCGGGCGCGGGAGGAUGCUGAGAACCGCAACCGGCUUCUGGAGAAGGAGAUGGAGGAUUUCUUUUCCACACUGGGAGAUCUGGCCCUGGGUGCGAGGACUAGUGACAUUUGAUACGGCAUCCGUCUGUGGCCAAAAACUGUCAAGGCUUGUAUUUCGGGGGUUGGGUGUCUUUCAAGGGCUCAUGUCCUCCUUUAGCGUAUCAGGGCGUUCCUUCAAAAGAAAAAGAAGAAAAUAAAGGAAUCGGCCAUGUUUGUGUACAUUCAGGACAAACUCAAAGGGAACUGAAAUAUGGAGAGAGGAAAUUCUGAAGGGCGCAAAAAUAUCGAGUGUGCGGUCCUUGUCAGAAUCGUCUCCGUUGAGCACCGAGCGUUUUUGAGUUUCUCACGCAUGCUUGAAAUGGAUGGGUAAGAUAAAAA